GAUAUACCAAGUACCACCACAAGCUCUUUACCUUCAAACAUUCUUUACAAUGCUUCGACAUUUGCCUCGUCUUUAUAGUCGGCUAUUAUCAACCACAGAAGUGCACAUGCCAUCGUCGUCAACAUCUCUCAUACCGACGUCCCAUCGCGAUGCCCAUACCACGCUCGGGUCUGUCCAUAAUAUUUUGGACACUCCCAGUUCGCAGCCCUACACGGACCAGAACUCGUCUGGUUCAACGCCAUCGAGGUCGUUAUCACUCUCGCAUCCAAAGGACCCCAGAGUCGACCCAGCUGCAUCAUCCAGCAGCAACUCAAAUGCGAUUUCCAACACAAGCACAAGUGCAGGAGAAACUGGACAUACAUCUGGACCGCCUUUACCCUCACCAUCUCCUCCCUUUCCACCCACGAACUUUCACUCUAGUCCACCCUUUCACACCCACCAGUUCUUUACUGUUUUAGAGAAGACGUUCCCCACUCAAACCGCUCGCAGUCUGAUGCGUGCAACGCGUGCCUUGCUUGUUGAUCGAGUAGGGAGGGUGAGGAGGGAAGGUUUGACCAUUAAGGAUCUGGAUAAUCAAGCAUAUCUCUUUCGUGCUGCGUUAUCGGAGCUUCGUGCAGAGGUUACUAUGCGGACACGCAAUGAAAGUGCAGCCAUGCGAACUGCUACCGCAGCCCUUAGGCGAGAAGUUGACCGUCUGGACGUGAAGAUGAAGGAAGACGUGAGUACUUUGAAGCACGAAAUACAAAUGGAACUUGAUAGUCGCAAGAACGAAUCCAAAGCUGAGCUCAAGCAGCAAGAUAUCAUGAUAGAGGAAGUUCUUAAUAAAGCCAUAGUCAGCAUCGGUGAUCUUCGAGCAGAUAUGGAAGAAGUGAAAUGGGACAACAUGCGCAAAUCUGUCGCUACCCUGGGCGCUUUCCUCGUAGUCAUGGUCAUAAGCAUGGAACUUCGACCUAAACAAGGGCCAACCACCUCGCUUCCACCACGGUCACACAACGGCGAGCCUAAGCACACCGAAGGGGAAGCAUUCGAACAACCAAGUUACCCAUAACAUCUCUCUUACAUUUGGUCAUUUACAUUGACGAAUGAACAAGAGUUCCCUUGCACACGAUAUACAUUCGCUUUAGAUUUCCAGUCAAUCAUAGAAAAUACAACUAUCCGUAUCUUACAACCAGUUUCGAUGUAUCAUUAUCCUUUGUACACCAUAUCUAUAACCUCUAUUAAUCCCUCUCUUCCCCCUCACU